UACAAGUAUUUAGUUCUGUUUGGGAAACCUUUUCACCUACAACACUCAAAGAAUUUUACUUUCAACUCUUCUCCAAACAUGGUCUUCUCUCCUAAGCAAGAAUCACCAAAUCAGUCCAAGAGAUGCAAAUUCUUCUCUUCAACUCUCAAGGAUGCAUUUGCCAAUUGCCACAUUUUUAAGGAAAGACAUUCUAGUACUCAGAGCUCAGACGAAGACGAUGCAAUCGAUGAUUAUGAUGAUGAAGAGGACGUGUUUGUAUCAAUAGUAAUAAGUAAAUACAUGGAGUCAAAAUGCAGAAGACAGACAACCAUCUCAAAUGACAAGUUCAACUGGAGUUUCUCGCCAACAGCAGGAGAUUUAUUCAUAUCCGCAAAGCUAAUGCAACAAAAGGAGGAGAAUGAACAUGAAAUAAAGGAAGAAAACGAGGAUUUCCUCUCUGCUGGUACUCGUUUUUCGCGCUGCUCGAGUGCUUUAAGCUAUGAGGCAUUUGCCACAGCUAAGACAACACUUUCUCGUUCUUCAAGCUUGAACAGGAUUGAGUUUCAAGAUUUUCCUAGACGCCCUGUUAUUCAGGAAUUCUCUCACUGUGAAGGAUGGCCAUUUGGUCUAUGCCGUAAACUGUUGUUACUUCCUCCUUUGCCAAAAUCCCCAUCUGAUUCUUGGUCAUGGCGAAAGAGUGCAAGAAUGAUCAAGAUACACUAGUUGCUGGCAUUCAAAACCAAUCUUCUCUUAAUUUCUAAAGAAUUUUACAUUUUCCCAAAAGGGAUGCUGAACUUCAUUUUUCAUGUAUUUGCUAUGUUCUUGAUAAUAGCCAUAAACUCUUUCGAGAAUUGAA